GCUGUGUGAUGUCUCUGAUACUGCUGCCAUUUCAUCAGCACAAUUUCCAAACAUUUCACUGUGUCCAACGCGUGGUGGGAUCCAAACACCUCGGAAAAACGUCAUGACUGCUUCGACUUCUUGAUGUCUGGGAUUGUUGCGAGAACUGUUUAACUUGCACAGCUUUAGGGAGACACAUUGCUUUGGAGUGAGACAUCUGUUUACCACACUACAGUAGCUUCCGGGUGUCCUCUGAGCUCUGUGUUGAUCGCUGAGCUGUUAGAGAGUAAGAGGAGACUGAAACAGGGUGUGUAUGUGCUUUGGUUUGUGUUAUAUAUCUCUGUGUGUGCGCUUUCUAGAAAGUCCAUCAUCCUAUCAGGACCAUGGCAUGUGGGCUUAAUAAGAUCUGAAUAACCCGAACAGAUACCAUAGACAUGGAGACAAUAUGGCUUUACCAAUUUCGCCUAAUUGUCAUUGGAGACUCCACUGUUGGUAAAUCAUGUUUGAUUAGGCGCUUCACAGAGGGACGGUUUGCACAAGUGUCUGACCCUACGGUUGGUGUGGAUUUCUUCUCUCGCCUGGUGGAGAUUGAGCCUGGGAAACGCAUAAAGCUCCAGAUAUGGGAUACGGCAGGUCAGGAGCGCUUCAGGUCCAUUACUAGAGCAUACUACCGUAACUCAGUGGGGGGCCUGCUGCUGUUCGACAUCACAAACCGCCGCUCAUUUCAGAAUGUGCGUGAUUGGCUGGAGGAGGCACGCAGCCAUGUGCAGCCACACACCAUCGUCUUUGUGCUCGUGGGCCACAAGUGCGAUCUGGAGGUGCAGCGUCAGGUCUCCCGACAUGAGGCUGAGAAACUGGCGUCUGUUUACGGCAUGCGUUAUGUGGAGACCUCUGCGUGUGAUGCCAUCAAUGUAGAGAGAGCGUUUACUGAGCUGACACGUGACAUCUUCGAGUUGGUCAAACAUGGAGAGAUCACCAUUCAGGAAGACUGGGAGGGCGUCCGGAGCGGCUUCGUGCCCAACGUGGUGCAUUCAUCCGAGGAGGUAACAAAGAAUGAGCGCCGGUGCUUCUGCUGAGCCAUCUGGAUCCAUAUACUGUAAACGUUACUCCUUCCCUGCCUGCUGAAUGGUCCCAAGUCUCCACUGUCUGGUUCCCACUAGUUACUGCUCCUUAUAGCUAACCAUUUACAUGACAGACAAAGCAAUGUGUACUGAUACUGACACAUUUCAGCUCUUUCAGCUUCGACGACUUCUUCUUCGAAAAAAAAAGACAGAACCUUAAUCCAGCACCUUGCACAUCUGUCAAUCACUUGAAAGCCAUGACAUGUUUCCCUUGAGGGUAAACAGCCUUUAGAGACUGGGUCUUCUAUAGACACGCACAAUGCACAGACAUUUGAAUGAGAGAAUAACCAAAAGCAAGGACUUAAAUGAACUACUGAGCUCAGAAUGCCGAAAUGCUGCUUGAAAAAAAAAAGACUUUUACUAUGUAUUGUAUGGUUGAGAUGUA